AUUCGUCCUUAUCCAUAUCAGGAUCCAAAUCCCCAAUCAAACUCAAUAUUUGUUUUUUAUUUUUUUUUAUACAACUUUAAAGACUCUACCACAAGCAAACAAAAGUUAAAUGCGAAAUUUUUGCUUUUUCAUUGUAGUGUUUUCUUUGAUUUAAUAAUUGAGUCAGGUGGGAGACGUUUCAGCUUUUGUUCUCUUCUCUUGCAGUUACACCUCCAAAACUCGCCCAUGCGGCCUUUCCUUGUCUCUGAUACCAAAUGUCCGCGCCCACGGGUUUCACUCCAUUCUGCCCUUCCCCAGCAAGAACCAGAUUCCUUUUUAUUCUUAUCCUCACUGUGACGUCGUUUUCAGGUUUUUUUUUUUUUUUUUUUUUUCUAAUCUUUACCCAUUUUCUUUCCCAUUAUACCCCUACGCUUGGGCCCCACCCCAUCCCUUGAGGCCUAUAUACCAAUUUGUAUUUUUCUGUUCCUUAAAUUUUGACUCAAAAUUCAUCCAAUCGCCCUUCCAUACAUUCAUUCAUUCUUGUCCUCCAAGCCAAUCUAUAGCCGGCGCCACCGUUGCCUUUUCCACGUGGCACUAUAUUCCUACUCUGAUUGCUGACAUCAUAACUUUCAUUUCCCACGAAACACGUUUAUUUCUUCUUUUUUUUAUUUAUUUAUUUAUAUAUUUUUUAAUUUCUUCCCGCUCCGCCCCUGUUUUUUUUUUUUUCUCUAACGACGGCUCUCAAAAUAUUUUCCCUUUUAUAUACUAAUUUUUCUGUGGCUGCGGCUGAGAUUUCCUAUACCUGAAACUAAUAGAGAGCUGCGCUUUUUCGUUUGUUCUUGUUUUUUUUUUUUUUUAAAUAGUUUAUGCUGCUAAUCUAAUGAAACACGAACGGCUUAUUCUCAACCGCCCGAUCUUCCACAACAAAACGACGCCCUAUCGAAGUACUUGCCCUCUUCUAAUACUUCUCCUUCUUCUCUUCGUUUCGCCCGUGUACGGUCAGAUCAAUCCUCAGCCGUCUACGGAGCUUCAGCAGAAUGACACCUAUAAUGGUUACCUGGAGAACUUCAACUCCUCAAUGGCUCUAGUUAUCGUGUUCCUCGUCUGCGCUUUCUUCAUGAUGGGCUUCUUCUCCAUCUACCUCCGCCGAUGCGCCGAGACACACGUCGCCUCUGCGCGAGGCCUCGGUUCGGUCACCUUGGGAGCUAAUUCCAGAGGACCGGCCGGUCUAGACCGGCUGGUCAUCGACAGUUUUCCGAUCCUCGUUUACUCCUCCGUGAAAGACCUCAAAAUCGGCAAAGGGGCGCUGGAAUGCGCGGUUUGCCUCAGCGAGUUCGAGGACUACGACACGUUGCGCUUGUUGCCGAAAUGCGAUCACGUUUUCCACCCCAAUUGUAUCGACGCAUGGUUGGCUUCCCACACUACGUGUCCCGUUUGCCGAGCCAAGCAAACGCCCGUCGACGCCAGAGCAGAACGAGAACGAGAACCAGAAGUAACCGACACGGCACAGCUUGCUGAGUCGAACACCGAGUCGACUCAGGAAGGUUCAACUUCAACAUCCGAACAGACAAAUCAACAACAGCAACUAGAACAACGAGAAGUGGUGAUCAAUGUGGAUGAAAUUGAGACGGGGAAGCAGAAUCGACGGCCGAGAUCGGGAGUGAUACAGGGGAAAUUCCCGAGGUCGCAUUCGACGGGACACUCGGUGCUGGUUCAGCCGGGAGAGAAUACGGAGAGGUACACGCUGAGAUUGCCGGAAGAGGUGAGGAGACAGCUGGAGAUGAAAGGGAAGCUGAAACGGUCGAGUAGCUACGAUGUGGUGUUUGCCAGAGUAGGAAGCUCGAAGAAAGGGUAUAGCAAUAAUGGGGGAGCAGGAGGAGAAGGGAGUACCAGUAGUAGUAAUAGAGGGAAGAGCAAUUCGGAGCGGCAAAUGGGGCGGUCCGACCCGUGGGUUUUCUCCAUGACGCCGCCGUUUUUCUCCAGAGGAAGCUCCGUUAAGUCGUCGUCGAAAGUUGAUGGAGAUGGAGAUGCAAUGUAUGGGAAAACGUAAAACUUGUGUUAGGACUAAUAGAGAUGUAUUAGUUUUAGAAAAAUAUCUCAAUGAGAACGCCGAGAAGAUAGCCGAAGAUUCGCCGGUUCAUCUUCCGGUUCAAUUUUGUCAAAAAAUAUAUAUAUAUAUAUAUAUAU